AGCACACAGCAUCUCUCACAUGCAUAAAGGGUGAAACAGGUGGAGUGAGGGCACCAAAACCGGAUAAUCCAGACACCAAUAGCCUCUUGUUUCAAAACCCAAAAAGAAAAAGUGUGAGAGCAGAGACUAAACCCAGGGGCGGCCACAAAUACCAACACCUUUUACUGAAAUUCUAUAUAAAUACCAACCUUGUCUGGCUUCCCACUUUCAUCAUAUCAAUCCUAGCUUAGAUUAACUACAAAAUCAAAGAGAAUGGAGGCAAUCCAGACAUGGGUCUCAAACCACAAGCUUACCACCAUUGGGGGGAUCUGGGCAUCAGCAAUUGGAGGAUCAUUAGCUUAUUCCAAGGCUAAAACUUCUCUUAACCCAAGUCUCAGGCUUAUACAUGCCAGGAUGCAUGCGCAGGCUCUUACAUUGGCAGUGCUAUCUGGGGCAGCAGCCUACCAUUACUAUGAGAAGAGAACCAACAAACAGCAACAACAUCACAAUUAAUCUUCUUCAUCUUAAUAAAAUUAUUGUAGCAAAAAUCCCUAAUCUACUAUUUGCCCCUGUUUUGUAUUACAAAUGCACUAGUGGGGAUGAUGAUGAUGAUGAUGAUGAUUAAAAUGGCCUUUCCAAACAUGUAUUAAUUUUUUCUCCUU